UCGCGGCGGGCGUGCUCGCGACGGCGCCGCCCUGAUCUUUUCCCUCCGGCCGUCCCUGUGUCAGGCUCGACCAGAUCCGGGAUCCUCGUCGAGCCUUCUCUUCGCCGCUGUCCUUCUUCCGCGAAGCUCCCUCGUGCUCCUCCGCCUCCCGCCCAUCAGCUACGUCGGCGGCGGCUGCAGCUGCCUCUCCGGCCUUGCUGCGCGUUGGCUCUGCGUCCGCGUCGGCUACUGCCGCUCCAGCCGAGGUGAGCGCCGGCUCUGCGCCCCUGUGGGAGGCGGCGGCCGCCGCGGCCUUGCUGGGCGUCGCCUUGGCAUCCGAGCCGCCCCUGUUCGUCGUCCCGGCAUCCCAGACGACCUCGAUGCUGCUGCCGUCUGCCUUGCCCGGCGACCCGUCUGGUCCGGGCGAUGUGGUGAUGCCCGUCACAGUGCAGGGAGCUCCCAAUGCUCUGGCAGCAGCCUCCCAAUGCAGUCUGCAGCUCGUCCCAAUCGCUCCACUUGCGCCGCUUCAGACGUCGACUGCAUCGCCCACCGCCGCCGCUCUAGCGGCGGAUGCCCUUGCUCGGCGCAGGUCGGACCCGGCCAUUAGUGGGCUUAUGGCCGGUGCUCGUCCCAAUUGCGGUCGUGGCCUGCAGGCCACCACCCCGGCUCCUCUUGCCACCGGCCAGCUGCCGUCGUCCCCGGUGUCGACGCCUACACCCUUGACGGGGCCAGGUCAGGUGGCCGCUCCCGUGCUGUCUGGUUGGGGGGACUGGCUAGGAUGCUUCGGAAGGAAGACGACGUCCGCUGAUCCCAUGUGUUGUGCGCCAACAGCUCGUGAGGAAACAUUGGGAGACUGGCACCUCGUUACCGGCCGCCGCCGUUCGCCAUCUUCAAAUGCCUUCCGUCGGCCCGGUUCCAAUGCCCGGAUGGCUCAUCCGGCGUGGCUCCGGGAUCGAUGCUUUCGGUGUCUCUCCAAAGGUCAUCACGCUCACUCUUGCAGGGACCCAAUUCGGUGCUCAGGAUGCCUUCGUUUCCGCCACAAAGUGCGUUUUUGUCAUGCUCAGCACCGAUCCGAUCUGACUACAAAGCCGCGUGAUGAUGCUGCAAAGCCUAACCCAGCGCCUGCAUCGGAGGUUGACGCAACACCGGCUGACGUGCAAUUGCAACCCGUCCUAGCGGAGGAGACCGAGCUGCUUCGCACUGAGCUGCGCGACUGCCUUGCGCGAGUUGAGAGUGUUUUGGGGAGAGCAGAGGCUGCUCUCGCCAAACUAGAGGUUGUGCCAGCUGUGUCCUCACUUCCUGAGCUUCAGAUCGGGUCUCCUGUUGGGGAGGAAGCAAGCCUCUAUGGACAUUUCUCCCCUCGUGCUACAUCAUGUUCGUCGAUGUCUGUACUGCUCACUGGCCCUGGGUGUGUAGUCAUCGAUGAGGUCAUGGCUCCAGUGCUGGAGAUUAUGCCUGAGUUGCAGGAGCGUUGUGGGGAGCCUACUUCACCUCUUUCAAUGGUGCUUCCGAAGGAGAUGGGGCAGGUGAUGUCUGUGGGUGGCGAGGUUGAUGAGGUAGGUGCAUUGGCACCUAUCUCUGGGGCGCAACUACAGGGUUUGCCUCUGCCAUGUGUGCAACUGAAGGCGCCUGAGUCCAUUGUGUCGGUGGUACCCGUGGCUGAGCAUGUUAAUGCAGUGGUGUCUGUGAGGGACAAGGUUGAUGAGAUUCUAUUUGAGAUACAAGUCAGCAGCUUGCUCGCAUGUUUGGAGGCGGUCAGCCCUGGAUCUGUCAAGAUGAUUGUGGAGAAGGCUCUCAGGAGCAAAACUAAGUAGAGUGACGUCACAGGAAAGGCGUCUGCAGCUGCUUGAUAGAUAUUCAUCAGUCUAUUGGGCGGUCCAUAUAGUCUGGUUUGUGUUUGUCUAUGUGGAUUUGGCGGUGUUUGUGGACUUCGGCGGAGGUGCUCUUGUUAGGGGUUUGUUUGCGAUGUAGUAGUUUGGAGGUUGAUAGUCGUUCCAUGUUGGGUUUGUUUGUAGGGCUGAUCGUGCGCUUCUGGAGUUGUAUGCUCUAUGAGUAAUCCACAUGUGGUUAGUUUGUAUCGGUUUUCGCUCGGUUUUCCAUUAAUUAACUGAGCAAUUCUCUUCUGCUUAAUUAAUCGAUGAGGCAAUCUUUUGCCUCC